UUUCAGGGCAGAAAUCAAAACAUGACGUCACCGUGAGCAACACGAGCCGCAGAGGCCUCUGGGAGAUUUUUUCUGCGUGGGAGACAUUUUGGAUCUGAACAGGGGGCUGAGUUUUGCCGUCAGUCCCAGCUCUCGGUUUCCCUGAGCGCCUGAAGAAAUGUCGACGAUGGUGUACCCGCGGGAGGAGAAGCUGGAGAAGCUCACCCAGGAGGAGAUCAUCUCCAACACAAAGCUGGUGAUCCAAGGCCUGGAGGCGCUGAAGAACGAGCACAACUCCAUCCUCCACAGCCUGCUGGAGACCAUCAAGUGCCUAAAGAAGGAUGAAGAGGCCAACCUGGUCCACGAGAAGUCCAACUUGCUCCGCAAGUCGGUGGAGAUGAUCGAGCUGGGCCUGGGAGAAGCGCAGGUGAUGAUGGCUCUGUCCAACCACCUGAACGCGGUGGAGUCCGAGAAGCAGAAGCUGCGCGCUCAGGUGAGGAGGCUCUGCCAGGAGAACCAGUGGCUGCGGGACGAGCUGGCCAACACCCAGCAGAAGCUGCAGAAGAGCGAGCAGAGCGUGGCCCAGCUGGAGGAGGAGAAGAAGCACCUGGAGUUCAUGAACCAGCUGAAGAAGUACGACGAGGACGUCUCGCCCACCCAGGAGGAGAAAGACAGAGAAACGCCAAAGGACAACCUGGACGACCUCUUCCCCAACGAUGAAGAGGAGCAGGGUCAAGGCAUGCAGCACCAACACAACAGCGCCGCCGUGGCUGCAGCCCAGCAGGGAGGCUAUGAGAUACCGGCGCGCCUGAGAACCCUGCACAACCUCGUGAUCCAGUAUGCCUCGCAGGGCCGGUACGAGGUGGCGGUGCCCCUCUGCAAGCAAGCUUUGGAGGACUUGGAGAAAACCUCCGGACACGAUCACCCCGAUGUUGCCACCAUGCUCAACAUCCUGGCUUUGGUCUAUAGGGAUCAAAACAAAUACAAAGAGGCAGCCCAUCUGCUCAAUGAUGCCCUGUCCAUCCGUGAGAAAACCCUGGGCAAAGACCACCCGGCGGUCGCCGCCACCCUGAACAACCUGGCCGUGUUGUACGGAAAGAGAGGGAAGUACAAGGAAGCCGAGCCUCUUUGUAAGAGGGCUCUGGAGAUCAGAGAGAAGGUCCUUGGCAAGGAGCACCCAGACGUGGCCAAGCAGCUGAACAACCUGGCCCUGCUGUGCCAGAACCAGGGCAAAUACGAGGAGGUGGAGUAUUACUACUGCCGCGCCCUGGAGAUCUACGAGUGCCGACUGGGUCCGGAUGAUCCCAACGUGGCCAAGACCAAGAACAACCUGGCGUCGUGCUUCCUCAAACAGGGGAAAUACAAGGAGGCUGAGAUUCUGUACAAAGAGAUUCUGACCCGAGCUCACGAGAAAGAGUUUGGAUCGGUUGAUGCUGAGAACAAGCCCAUCUGGAUGCAUGCAGAGGAAAGGGAGGAGAUGAGCAAGGGCAAACACAGAGACAACACCCCGUACGGAGAGUACGGCGGCUGGUACAAGGCCUGCAAAGUCAACAGCCCUACAGUGAAUACCACCCUGAGGAACCUUGGUGCCCUGUACCGCCGCCAGGGCAAGCUAGAGGCUGCUGAGACGCUGGAGGAGUGCGCCACGAGGUCUCGCAAGCAGAGCAACACAGGCAUCGAUCCCAUCCACCAAACGCGUGUGGUGGAGAUCCUGAAAGAUACAGAGGGCGAGAGGCGGAGGAGCAGAGACAGCCUGACCAGCGUUAAGUACGAGAGCGGCUCCGAGACCGGCGAGGAAGUGAGUAUGGGCGUGGAGUGGAACGGGGCCUAAGCCAUCAAGAUUAUUCCUUCAUGCUUCUCUCCUUCCCCCAACACAGUAACAAAGGGAUGCGUGUUGUGGUUCCCUCUGGGCUCCUUUGUCCCUACAAACCAACAGCUCCUCUGCCGUUCCCGGUGCCCCCCCCCCACACACACACACCCCCCCCUGCAGCAGAGACUCAGAAAGCCCCCCCCCCACAUCCCUCCUGGUUGCCGUCUCUGUUCCCUGCUCGACUGGCGGCUGCUGGGACGUUUGGUCUUCUCAUCUCUGCUCCGUCGUUCCUCUCGCUAUCCUUUCCUGUUGCUAACCAACGUUCUUUCUCUCACCUGACUUUAGAGGAAGUUGUUUUCUGCGUGUGUGUGUGUGUGUGUGUGAAAUCGAUCCCUGUGAGGACGUCGCUUUUGCGUUUUUUGUUUCUCUCUCGGCAGAAUUUAUUUAUACUUUUUAAUCGCGGGAAUACUGGAUGUAUCUAUCUAGUCGGCGAAGCUGAAGGUGGGGAAAGAAAUAUUGCGAGUUGCCAUGUCGUCGUGUAUUAAUGGUCUCAUCUGGGAAUCGUUGGUUCGGCCUCUUUGACCCUAAAAUAACAACUAAAAGUGAAAUCUGAGCCAUCUUGGCGCCUGGGUUUAGCCACUUUAUGUUUUACUGAUGUUUACUUUUAUCGUUUCGGCCCUGCGUAUUUCCAGCUUUUAGCUAAUGCCUGGUUCUGUAUCUGAAUGGUACCGUAUCCCCCGGUGGAAGAUUCGGGCGCCUUGCUGGUGAGAAAAAGAGAGAGAGAGAGAGAGAGAGGAGGGAACUCUGCCUUUUUAAAAAAUAAAUAAAAUUAUUUUACCUUUUUAGGUUAGAUGUUGUCGGUUCUUUUUGUAUCAUUAUUGUUUACAUUUUUAUAAAAGGCUUUUGAUAUGUUUUUUGCCUGCUUGCGAAAGAAUCAACAUCUCGCCUGACGACUGGAGGGUCCCGGGUUUGACGGCGAUCAGGGAGGCGCGGUUCGGCGGCGGUGCCGGUCAGGAGGGAAGUUUGCAGACGCACAUCUGGGGCAUGAAGCCUCCAUUACUCAUAGUUGAUUUUAAUACAAUAAAAAAAAUAAACAUGCAUCGGGUGCACAAGUUAGAACCAGAAGCGUUCUUUUUUCUUUUUUUGCUCUCUGGUGGACUAUUUGUCUGCUCUCCCUAGCAGAAGUGGAGGAGUCCAUUAAAACAGGUUGUUUAAUGCACAGACCAGGAGUUUGACCCUGUCUCCGUCCAAAAAUAGAUCGAAGCUGUUUUUUUUUUUUGUUUUUUUGUGUGUGUGUGUGAUCAUUCCUUCUAAAAAUCCAAAGUUUAACUAAACGUUUAAGAGCCCAGUAUGACCUGAUGCUGAUGAUGGGUGUAUGCAAACUUCUGACCAGACCGGUGCGUUUCACACUUAGAGCAGAGACCAAGCGGAGCGUUCAGCUCUAAUAUCCUCCGCCUGAGCGUUUAACGAUGGAUUUUACACCUUCGCACGGUAAACACGCAGACCUGCGUUGCUCUGACGGCGUUAACGGCGUAUAACCCAGAGCUGUAACCCGACAGGAUGCCGGCGUUUUCCCUGCGCCUGUGUGAGUCUGUGUGUGUUUGUGGUACAGUCACAGUGAACCUUUUGAACUCAACGCUUCGUCGACUAACGCUGCCACUUUCUCUCUCUUUGUGUUUGCACAGCAUAAAUAUUGUAACUUUGGUGAAUCAUGUGUGUCUUGGCACCAAAUGAUCUUAAACAUCUUGGACGUGUAACUUGUAGGCUGUGUUUAUAGAUUUGACAAGUGCAUUCACUUUGGCUUUUCAGUGUGCUACAUGCCUCGAUUCUUCAUUCCUUUCCAUUGAGUAACACCUAUACUUCUAAUGCAACUCUGAACAAAAGAAUAAUAACAAUAAUAAUAAUGGUGUUCACACAGUUAUGAUGAUAUUGCUGUUAGUGGAAUGCUUGCUUAUUUAUUGAACUGUCUAUUCUCAACAUAUAGAGUGUGACUUCUGUUUCUAUUUGUGAAAGAACAUAAACCGUUAGAUCUAUAAGCAUUAUCUUAGUAUGUAGGACUGCAUUAUAUCUAUAUAUUCACCAUUCUGCAUUGUGAUGAUUAAUGCAUCGACACUUGUUGGUAUUCUCAAAUAAAGUUUUUUUUUUUUGUUUUCCAUUUG